AUGGGGAACAUGAAACGGGAAAUAGAAACACAGGCUCUACAUGCGCUUGAAAAGGAUGGUCAGUCAGAUGAUACUGCAGACCUAACCCCAACUGGAGAUGCGGCGGCACCUACCACCCCUGAUAAACAGAAGGCCACUGGCACACUUGCUUCCGCAAACAAAAAGAACACCGAUCGUCCCCUCCCGACUUCGUACAUCGUGCAACCCCGCCAUGGACCUCCGUAUGACUACGCGUGGUAUCAUUCACCGCUCGAAGAGCCUGCUGUGUACCACAUGAGUGACCCUGCGGCGGCACUGACUGCGUAUGCGGACAUUCAGGUUGUGAACAAACGUGUUCAGUUUGAUCUUCGGAACAUGAAAGCCGUGUUACUGGAAAUGGGGUUGAUUGAGGAGUCGGGUUCCGAGAGCGAAUACAGUUCGGAUAGCUCGAUAGAUUUUUUCGUUGGUGCGAGGUAG